AGGGCUGGGUUGGGUUGGACAUAUUCAGCUGGUAAAAGUUUUCUUGCGCUUUUCUCUGGGCGUAUUUUGGUCAGCGCGCACGGGGAGCGCUAAUUAAUCAUCGAAAAACGUUAGUAAUGUUCGACUAAACACUUAAAACAAGGACACGUUCGCCAAAUGCAAACUAAUCGCCAGUGUGUUUCUGUUUUCAGUCUGUAACGUUAGCCAUGAUGACUCCAAACUAGCUUUCGGGCUAAACGCUCCGAAAUGGACUCGGUUUUGAGUGUCAGUGCGAAUCUAGAUCCGGAUUUCAGGAUGAAACCGAAGUCUAAUCGGUCCAGAAUCGAUUCGGAUUAACGAUGCUCUCUAGAAAGAAGAGUAAAAACGAAGCGUCCAAGCCAGCAGAAGUUCAGGGCAAAUAUGUGAAGAAAGAAACGUCCCCGCUUCUGAGAAAUUUGAUGCCCUCGUUUAUCCGGCAUCCAACGUUUCUUCGCCGUGAGCCCCCGUUAGUGGAGCCAGUUCCGGCCGGGGUGUCUGGUGCAGGUCCAUAUUCCUCUGGAUCUGUUGGGGAUGUUAGCGUCACCAAGAGUUUCCUGCGCAACGCCCCUCCACGGACCCCCCUCGAGGUGUCACGCAGGGAGAGUCAUCGGCUGUCUGCUCCACCACACCUUCAUUGUGAUUACUCCCCUUCCUCGCCAUCUUACAUGAGCGAUGCUGGUUCGGUAUCAGAGAAUGGAGACGGCGGCCCGUUUUACUACCCUCCAGAGCCGUACUACAAUAACCAACCCAGGCGAGCACGCAGACCAGACCACUUUAAUGAGAACUACAGGUACUAUGAGCACAAUGAACUCAGCUAUCCACGAAACCCUGGACAGCCUCAGACGCCCCAGCCUCACAGUCGCCCACCCCCAGCGAUCGGCCGUGUGCCAGCAAAGUCGGUGGGUAAUCUGACGACCAUGAGCGGGGAGGAGGCGGCUCUUCCUCCUGGCUGGACUGUUGAUUGGACGAUUCGAGGCAGGAGGUAUUACAUCGAUCACAACACAAACACCACUCAUUGGAGCCAUCCGCUGGAGAGGGAGGGGCUUCCGCCGGGCUGGGAGAGGGUGGAGUCAGCUGAGUUUGGAGUGUAUUAUGUUGACCACAUCAACAAACGUGCCCAGUACAGACACCCCUGCGCACCCAGUGUUCCACGUUACGACCAGCCCCCUCCCCCGCCAGUCACCUACCAGCCCCGCCCACCAGAGCGCAACCAGCCCGUACUGGUACCAGCAAACCCGUACCACACAGCCGAGAUCCCAGACUGGCUGCAGGUGUAUGCUAGAGCCCCGCUGAAGUAUGACCACAUCCUGAAGUGGGAACUCUUCCAGUUGAUGGAUCUGGACACGUAUCAGGGGAUGCUGAAGCUGCUCUUCAUGAAGGAGCUGGAGUGCAUCGUUAAAUCCUAUGAAGCAUAUCGACAAGCGCUGCUCACUGAACUCGACACGCGCAAACAGCAGCAGCAGUGGUAUGCCCAACAACCAGCCAAAAACGUCCCUCCUAACAUGUGACUUGUAUGAGAUAUACCCAAAGUCCAUCG